AUGACAUGCCUCGACAACUUGCAAAAGAAAUAUCCAAACCUUUCUCUCAUUCUUCUUGGAAUUUCAAUUGGAAUAAGCGCUGCACUCGACAUAUCAGGAGUAUUCACUAACAACUGGGUUUGCUUUGACGGACAAUGUGGUGGCAUAGUCCCAUUUGAUUCGUCGGGACCAGCGUGGCUGACGGCAGCCAGUUUUAUGUUGUUCAUAUCGAUUGGAGUUAUGGUUGUCGUUAUUGCUUUGUAUUUUGUUUUAGUAAUCCAAGUCCUCAACCACGGUUAUCACAUCAAUUUUCGCAAAUGGUUUCUACUCCUUUUUAUCAUAUCAUCGCUCGCCCUUCUUCUAAUUUUUAGUUCUUUCGCAGUUAUUCAAGUGUCUCUUGAUAACUUCAAUUACAAGUAUCUUUUAUAUUCACCUCAAAAACUCGACCUGGGUUGGUCGUGCGCGUUAUCAUAUGUUGCGAUAGUCCCACUCGGCUUGGUCUUAUUCUGUAUCCAUCGUGUAGAUCUGCAGUGUAUUUAA